AUGAGCCACCCAUCCUCUCAGCCGAAAGAAACAUUGAAUGAGAGCGAUGCCUACCGAUCCCAUGGACAGCAGCCACGGCGUAACUCAUUCACUCCAUCUGUGCGGCGCGAGCGACCACAGCUACGCUCAUCUCCGCUCGCCGGCGCAUCCUACUCGACAGAUGGGGCUGGUAAUGUCGUGGAACACACAAGCGCACUCGAAGAAGAGAUCGCAUGCAGACGAUCCAUGCUGCCCGGAAUAAACACCGAUGACCUUGCAAGACUUGCCAUGUUGUCGCCGUCUACUCCCGCCUUGUCCUAUUCUUCAUCCUCAAGCCCCUCUCGUCAAGGCAGCAUCGAGCUAAACCCAGAACAUCAGGGACCCCGACGCGCCCGCCCCUCGUUCAUAUCCUUGGCGCCGCAAAAGAGCUAUGAAUCACUUGCACCUCCUACUCCCACCUCGCCUACCCUACGCGCCAGACAUUCAUCGCCACACCUCGCCGUCGAAGCAAAGUCGAGCCCACCACAUCCCACCCCCACCUCGUCCGCCGGUCCCGGAACUGCAAACUGGAUGACAGCGGCGCCUAGCCCUUCGUUCUCUCGGGUAGCCGCUCGCGGUUCUGGAGUUAUACUGCCAGUCAAGGCGUCGAGUCGGGCAGGACAGCAGAUCAGAAUGAGGUCGAACCCGAGCCGACCUGCGACAAGCGCGGUUUUGUCGAGUGCUGAGCCCCAAAGUCUGCCGAAGCCCCAGUCGCUGAACUCGUUCCGGUCAAUGAGUCGGCUUCUUCGGGUGAACGGGGCAACCGAUAACGACAAGGACGUCCUGACGGUGCCAUAUUCGCGCCCGUCUCCGGGGUGUCAACCGGGAGCAAGCUCCUUCAGAUCGGGAGUGGCUCAUGAAGAGGUCGAAUCUCACCAGCAUGCACCUCAUUCGUCUGAUCCUGUGACACCCAACAGUUCGACUAGCUAUGAGCAACGACCUGUGCCUGCGGUGGCGGAGUCAUCCCGGUUCUCUGAAGACGCAGAGAUGGAAGGUACACAAGUACAGCUCAAGCUCGAAAGCGAAGGGAGACAGAACCGGGUGAAACGGCUAUGGUCGAAAGUUCGGAGAUGGCGCGGACACUGA